AGCUUUAUGGGCCUGGUUCUGACCGAUCCUGCGGCAGCCUUUCAAUCAGCCAGAUGCUUGGCAGCCUUGAUAUCAGCCAGCUGCUUGGCGACGGGGAUGAUGCGAGUGGUCUGCCGAGCACAGGAUACUCAGAGGAGGAAGGAUUCACUUGGGUGGAUACGUUGAGAUCCGUCGAUUGUGACAGUUCUGAUAGGAAAGCGCUGUGCGUGGAAGACAGAACGGCUACCAUGGUCACUGCGCAAGUCCUCACGUCACAGGACACGUGUGUCUUGAAGCUGCGGCUCAGCGGCAACGGUCACCAACUCGCUUUUGGCAUUGUGGACGAGAACCCGAGCGGAUUCAGCAGGCUGGCGAUUGGAGACGAGCGGCUGCAGUCUUCGAUUGGGGCCAUGUGCUCGCCAAUAAGCGGAACGAUUGUGUAUGAGGGCAGGACGGCUGGCGAAGCGCCAGCGGUGAAGAACGGCGACAUUGUGGAGAUUCGCACGAGUGAGGGUGGCAGGGUGGAGUUCCUGAAGGGUUCGAGCAAGUUUCAUUCCAUAAAGGUUGGCGGGAAAUGCAAGUUCCGCCUCGCCGUCACCUUGUUCAAGCAAGGCCAGCAAGUGGAAAUUCUGAGAGGCAGCGGCGGGGGCGGGUCCCUACCAGCCGGCGCAGCUGGUGCCCUGCAAGUUGUUGGCGCUGGACUUCCUGCCGUAAAUGGAAGCUACACAGCCACGGGAACCUACAACGGCAAGCCCAUGUACAAGAAGGAGGAUGGAGCCAUUCUCUACUGGAAGAAUAUGUGGAAGCUGAACGACAGCGACAACACUGGGGGCUGGUGGUAUGAGCGCGACGACACCUCCGCCACUGGCGCGUGGGAAACUGCUGCCGGCCUUGGUUGGGUUGAUCCUGCCCCAGUGGUGAAAGCGGCUUCAGGCUCCCCGGCCGAGGAGGAUGCUUCGAUCAUAAGUCCUAAGUCUGCGGCCGCCGUCUCCACGAGCGUGCCGGUGACUGCCGCAGCAGCGCCUGCCUUGCCGGUGGAGGCGCGGCGGACUAACCGUUGGGGCGAUGGCCUCGAUGCAGCAGCCUCGGGGCACCGGGACUUCUUCCCCAAGGGAUGGACUCCCGCCAAGACAGUGCGCGAAGCGGUGGAGGCAUUUCGGGUAUACAGCCCCGAAGAGAUUGAUUUUGUCCUGAAGAAGGGCUGCGCGAUGGCGCUGGACCUCAAAGAUGUUGACAUGCACAUGGAUGAUGACUGUGCUGCAGUCAUCUACGCCUAUACCCAGGAGAAGCCGGAGCCCCCAUCUUUGUAUACAAAGUUGAACGAUGCAAUGCGCACGUCGGGCGGACUUGCAGAGAAGCGACUGCUUCUGUACCUGGACUACAUCCACAGUCUUUCUGAGGCGCUGUCGCUGCUGCCGGCCUACUCGGGGGAGUGUUACCGUGGUCUCAACCUCCGCUUGCAUCCAAAAACCUACGAGGUUCGCAGUCACGUUGUUGGGUGAUAGGCUUGGGAACAACAUCGAAACCUAGCCGGGGGAUUGCCACUCAUUGAGAGCAACACAGUUUCGAAGCCGAGCCUUUGAGAUCAGCUGGCGUUUGUCCCAAGGUGAUCCACAUGCUCUGCUUUGAAGCGCAAAGACGUGACAAAAACAAAUGUCUUGUUUUGGAAGGCUAGCCCCAUUCUUGGACCAAAGGGUUUUCGAAGAGCCCAUUGCAUUGCGCCCCUGUUUUGGGAACUGACAAGGCCCAUCCCCCGACCCCUUUUCAGAUUUAAGGUUCCUUAAAAAGGCGAACAAGAGGUGCUACAAAAGGACGCGGGUGUGUUUUUGUUGGGGGGGAGGGGGUUUUGAAGGGAAGUUUGUUCAAAAGACACACCCGCGUCGCAUAGUGACAGGUUGGCAAGACAAUCACCUGGCAGCAGUUCACGUCAACCACGAAGAAUCAGUUCGUCGCCCUCAACUUUCUUGGCCGCUCUGGAUCGAAGCUGCACGGGUCUUUCUUUGUCCUGAAGGUGAAGUCUGGCAAAGACAUCCGAGAUAUCAGCGCCAUCCCCGCAGAGGAGGAGGUGCUGAUCAAAGAGAACUCGCAUUGGAAGGUGACAAGCAAAGCCCAGUCAUUGGACGAGAAGCAGAAAUUGUGUCAGAAGCUUGCGCACUAUGACUUGACUGAGAUGGAUGUGUACAGCCUGCAGCAGCUGUAGACACAUGGGCGUCUUACUUCAUAAGUUUGACCUAGCCCAAAUUGAGGCUCUGUUGAUUCUCCAGCGUGGUUGGGCUGGUUUGUCACCCACCUCUUGGAGCAGAGUAGUGCCCACUGCACUGAAGACUUGCCGGACUGCG